AGAAUGACAUCGCUUCUCGGAGGCAACUUCACAGAAGCUCUGCACACAGUGCUUUCCAAUCAGCUUAACGUCAUGUCGCAAAAGACGUCGGAUUCCGAGGCUCCAACGACAUUCAGCUCAUCGUCUUCAAGUGAUUCACCGCCAUAUGACCCAAUGUCGCUGGUUUCUGCAGGAAUUUCUGAUCAAAAUGGAUUAAUGGACAUGUUCAAGGAUGGAUUGUUUGCCACACUCGUACCACCAACAGAUGUCGCGAAUUCGGACACGGCGAGCUCCGAGUCACCGGAGCCAGCGGCUCAAUCGCAUGAGGCUGCCGAGGAAACAGGAGGAACAGAAGAGCAACAAGCCGCCGCCCUCUCACUGAUCCAAUCAUUCGGCACGCCGAUCCCAUCAAAAUUCGAAGACAUUGAAUCCCAGUUCUUCUCCGAGGCCACAAUUCGUGACCUGAUGCCUGUUCUCGCGUCUGUACAAGGAUCCCCACCACACAAUCAGAAUCAGCUCAGCUUCGGAUCCACGUCAUCACCGUCGGCGUGGGCGAGGAAUGCCGGAAGGAAGAAGUCGCAUCCAGUUUGGGAUUUCUUUAAGGAUAUGAAGGAUAGCACCGGUGCCGGUGGAGUCAUCUGCCUACACUGCUCGUGGAGCGGCGACGAUCGGAGCCCGAACAACCUGCGAACACAUCUCAAGAAGUUUCAUUCGGACGACGGGAUUUUCAAUCGAUUCAGCGAGAAGUUGGCUAAGACUCCAACCCAACCGUACGUGAAGCGUGUCCGUGGCGGAGCCGGAUCCAGCUCCUCGCUGCCCUCCAUGGUAAAAAUGGACCAAAAGCCCAUGCUCGACUCGAUGGCCUUCCUGCAACAACUUCAGCAAUCGGGAUCCCUGACAGAAGCCGACUUCUCCUCAUUUGCCAACGGUUCCUCACUCAACUUCCUCGACUCGUUGCCCAAAUCCUCAGAGGUGAUCAACAUUAACAGUGGAUUUGUGAAGAAGGAGGAGAUGGAGGAAGACACUGAAAAUCAUGUGGAGGCCGCAUCCUCCUCAAGCUCCGAUGAGCGCAUCAAGUCAGAAACCCCAGACACAUAUGGAUCGCCGAACACCUCCACCACUGAUCAGAAUGAGCAACUCGCCGCCUUCGUGAGCAGUCUCUCUAACUCCAAUCCAAUGAUGUUCGCGAUGCUCAACGCGGCCGGCAACUCGACAUCCUCGGCACCAGCACCUCCAAAAUCGAGCACAAGCCAACAAAGAUCCAGCUCACCACCAUCCGCGCACGACACAUCGAAUGGUUCAAUGUCACCGUCAAAAGUGGACAAGGAUCCAUCGUCGUUCUCACUGAGCGAGGGACACUGUGCCGCUCAGCUCAUGUCGAUGGCACUUGACUUGGAAAUGACAAUGUCCUAUCACAAACGACGAUCCGAGAUUGAGCUGUGUUUUGAGAGCAAUCGGACUGUCGAUGAGUCACAGGGAGCCGCUUCUCGAAAAGUUAUAUGUUUGACUGAUCUUGGAAAGGAGAUCAAAAUUACGGAACGAAUAAACGGAAGCGUAAAAGACACGGAACUUUGGGUGAAGACGGAUUUCAAUCAAUUCCAUUGGGCGAUACGUGGAAAAUGUCAAAAAUGUUUUAAUAAGAAUAGCUCUUAAUUUAUCGAUUACCUGUUAUUAAUAUAUAUCGUCGCUUUAUUACAACCAUUCCUUUUCUUAAAAAUUUUAAACUAUAAUACAUAUAUUCCUCUUUGCAAAUGAUGAGACGUCUCUUGUCUCUUGUCUCAGCAGCCGACGCUUCCCGGGUUCCGCCACUUGUAGUGAAACCCCGCAGCAGCCGACGCUCUCCACAACCCGUGAGACGUCGGCCGCCUGGGCCAAGAGACGUCUCGUCGCCAACCCACUCUUUCCUCAUGCGCUGGUCGUUUUUGUGUACACUCUAAUAUACCUGACACACACUUUUGUGCCCUAUUCCCCCCAAAUAAAAAACUACUCAAAAAAAUUUUCCUUAUCAAGAUUACGGUAAUAUUGUCACGCCCCCUUAAAUAUCAUGAACAUUUCCAUCGCCCCUUCCGCCUAACUAGGAACUUUAUACCUUUAUUUUAUUACAAAAAAUGCCUUCUCUCUGUGUUUUAUAAAUUUGAAAACAUAAAUUUUAAUUGUUU